AUGGCAGAGGCAGGGGAAAAGUCCGCCAGUGCUCAUUUCAUUGUGAAGAGGACAGAUUUAUUUGGUGGCGAGAGACCAUGGAAUUCAUCUGACUGGACUGCAAGCGAUGACCGUGUACGCGGCGGAAACUCUCAUUCCUACCUCGACUGUUCGGCGUCGUCUGCUCUCUUCCAUGGCACAUUAGACAUUGAAACUCUUGGCGGCGCCGGCUUUGCAAGUCAGCGUACCACUUCAACCGACAAGACCUGGGAUGUGUCCACGUACAAUGGGGUAUUGCUGGAAAUUGAUCAAGCUGAUGAAAAAUCAUACACAUUCAUUCUCAAGGACAAUUUACUCCCCCAGAACCCAUCCAAUGGCCGGGAACAAGCGACUAUUUCCUAUGAGUACGACUUUGUACCCUCACAAAAUCAGAGUCAUCAGACUGGUAGUCCCACGACAAUAUACAUUCCUUGGAACAAGUUGAAGCCCACGUACAGGGGCAAAGAGAAGAAGGAUGCCGAGCCGAUUAAUCUCAAGAAUAUCAAGAGAUUUAGUAUCAUGAUGCGAAGUUUCUUCGGCACACAACACGGCCCAUUCAAUCUCUCCAUUCGUUCCAUCUCCGCAAUCUCUCUCGCCAAACUCGACAACCACCACCACUACGACCAAGAUUCUGCCUUUCCUCAUCCAUAUACCGAUGACCCUCAUGACGAAUCUCCUCGCCAGUACACCGACAGUGAUGACGCUAUUGACGAGAAAGCAUCAUCAUCUCUUCUUCCUGCUCACAGUGGCAAAACCCGUGCCUCCUUUUCUCACAUCGACUCUCAAGGCGCUCACGUCAUUUAUAUUCCCGACGACCUUGACGGCGACCAUGACGACCAUGGUACUAGCUCGUCUCAAACAAAUCAUCGCAUCUUUGACAUGCCAGGAGGAGAUUAUGCUCGUCCGGAAUUCGGGAAAUUACUAGAAGUCUAG